AGAGGAUGGGAACUACAAUUCCCAGAGGGCAGUGCGAUCGAGCGCCUCGGGCGGCCUUCGAAGGGGUUCUUCUAGUUUCCGCGUGCGGGGUGCUCUCCCAGCCGGAUGUAGUGUACUGUCCUGGCGGGAGGGGCGGCCCACUGGGGGUCGUGCCUCCUGGAGCCGUCCCCGGGACGUGAGUCCUGGAGGAGGCGAGGGGUGCUCCAGGUGUUGAGAAGACUAUGAACAGGUCAGAGAACUUGUUCUUUCCUGGCUCCUCAUUAGCAUCCCAAGUUCAUGCGGCAGCUAUUAAUGGAGAUAAGGGUGCUCUUCAUAGGCUCAUCAUAGGAAACUCUGCCCUUAAAGACAAAGAAGAUCAAUUUGGGAGGACACCACUUAUGUAUUGUGUGUUGGCUGACAGACUGGAUUGUGCAGACACUCUUCUGAAGGCAGGAGCAGAUGUUAAUAAAACUGACCACAGCCAGAGAACAGCCCUCCAUCUUGCAGCUCAAAAGGGAAAUUAUCGUUUCAUGAAACUCUUACUUACACGCCGAGCAAACUGGAUGCAAAAGGAUCUGGAAGAGAUGACCCCUUUGCACUUGACCACCCGGCACAAGAGCCCUAAGUGUUUGGCGCUUCUGCUGAAGUUUAUGGCAGCAGGAGAAGUGGACACACAGGAUAAAAACAAGCAAACAGCUCUGCACUGGAGUGCCUACUACAAUAACCCUGAGCACGUAAAGCUGCUUAUCAAGCAUGACUCCAACAUUGGGAUUCCUGACGUUGAAGGCAAGAUCCCACUUCACUGGGCAGCCAACCACAAGGAUCCAAGUGCUGUUCACACAGUACGAUGCAUUCUGGAUGCUGCUCCCACGGAGUCUUUACUGAACUGGCAAGACUACGAGGGUCGGACACCUCUUCACUUCGCAGUCGCCGAUGGGAAUGUGACAGUGGUUGAUGUCUUGACCUCAUACGAAAGCUGCAAUAUCACAUCUUACGAUAACUUGUUUCGAACCCCGCUGCACUGGGCAGCUUUACUAGGCCAUGCACAGAUUGUCCAUCUCCUUUUAGAAAGAAAUAAGUCUGGAACCAUCCCAUCCGACAGCCAAGGAGCAACACCCUUGCACUAUGCAGCUCAGAGUAACUUUGCCGAAACAGUUAAAGUAUUUUUAAAACAUCCUUCAGUGAAAGAUGAUUCAGACCUCGAAGGAAGAACAUCCUUUAUGUGGGCUGCUGGAAAAGGCAGUGAUGAUGUCCUGAGGACUAUGCUGAGUUUAAAAUCUGACAUUGAUAUUAACAUGGCAGACAAGUAUGGAGGUACAGCCUUACACGCUGCUGCCCUUUCUGGCCAUGUCAGUACCGUGAAGCUACUGUUGGAAAAUAACGCUCAAGUAGAUGCCACUGAUGUCAUGAAGCAUACUCCACUCUUCCGAGCCUGUGAGAUGGGACACAAAGAUGUGAUUCAGACACUUAUAAAAGGUGGAGCGAGGGUAGAUUUAGUCGAUCAAGAUGGACACUCUCUUCUACAUUGGGCAGCACUGGGAGGAAAUGCUGAUGUUUGCCAGAUAUUGAUAGAAAAUAAGAUCAAUCCAAACGUGCAAGAUUACGCAGGACGAACCCCUUUGCAGUGUGCUGCUUACGGCGGCUAUAUCAACUGCAUGGCAGUGCUCAUGGAAAAUAAUGCAGACCCUAACAUUCAAGACAAAGAGGGAAGAACAGCUUUGCACUGGUCCUGUAACAACGGAUACCUUGAUGCCAUUAAAUUACUACUAGACUUUGCUGCUUUCCCUAAUCAGAUGGAAAACAAUGAAGAAAGGUACACUCCCCUGGACUACGCUUUGCUGGGCGAGCGCCAUGAAGUGAUCCAGUUCAUGUUGGAGCAUGGUGCCCUGUCCAUCGCAGCCAUACAAGACAUCGCCGCCUUCAAAAUCCAGGCAGUCUACAAAGGGUACAAGGUCAGAAAAGCUUUCCGGGACCGGAAAAAUCUCCUCAUGAAGCAUGAACAGUUGAGGAAAGAUGCCGCUGCCAAGAAGCGAGAGGAAGAAAACAAACGAAGGGAGGCAGAACAGCAGAAGGGAAGGCUGAGCCCAGAUUCCUGCAGACCCCAAGCCCUUCCCUGUCUGCCCAACACCCAGGCUGAGCCCCAUGGGCAGAGCUGGGCCCCCAGCAAACAGCCUCCCACCAGCGACACAGCCCAGGACCCUGAGGGGAGAGCCUGUGGAGGAUCUCCAGGCAGAGCCCCCCAGAAUCUGCAGCAUCUUUCCCCAGAUGUGCAGGGAACAGACCCCAGAAAGCCAAACGAAUCACCCAGAGAACAGUCUAAAGGCCGAUCUGCCUGUGUCCACUUCCGCCCCAGUGAAGGCCGUGAUGGAAACAGACAUCCAGGAGUCUCCUCUGUUGAGAAGCCCAGAGGUGAGACAGUUGGUGAGCAGCAGUGUGACAAGGGGAAAGGCUUCUUGAAGCAGCCUUCCUGUAUCAGGGUGGCUGGGCCAGACGAGGAAGGAGAGGAUGCCAGUUGGGCAGCUGCAAGCCUUCCACGGCAGGAUGGCCCCCGGAAACCCAGCAGGCGGCAGGACACAGCACCCAAGGCCAAAUGUGCCUCCCAGAAAAGACGAGUUCAAGAGCUCCGAGGAGGAAGGCACUCCCCGGCUGGCUCUAGCCGGCCUGGCAGUGCCAAGGGGGAGGUGGUCCAUGCUGGGCAGAAUCCUCUCCACCAUCGAACAUCAAGAAACAAAAUGACACAGGACAAGCUCGCAGGAGGGAUCUGCUCAGACUUGCCACAGAACACAGAGGUGUUGAGGUCAGGAGUCAGGAAGUCGGGAACAUCCACCCUGUGGGAGGACACUCAGAUAUCCAAGGAGACUGAUCCAGCACCUGGUCCCCUCUCUGGGCAGACUGUGAAUAUUGGCCUUCUCCCCGUAGAGCUGCGGCUGCAGAUAAUCCAGAAAGAAAGAAGCAGGAAAGAGCUGUUUCGCAAAAAGAACAAGGCGGCAGCGGUCAUCCAGCGGGCCUGGAGAAGCUACCAGCUUAAGAAGCACCUGUCCCACCUUCUGCAGAUGAAGGAGCUUGGAGCCAGAGAUGUGGACAAAUGGAACCAAGAGUGCCUGGCAUUGCUGCUCCAAAUUUGGAGGAAGGAACUGGAACUAACCCCCCCAAAAACCACUGAAGUAACCAGGACCACCAAGAGUUCAUCCAAGGGCAGCUCAGGCACAAAGUCCACCAGGCACUCGGUACUCAAGCAAAUCUAUGGUUGUUCUCAAGAAGGGAAAGUACCUCAUCCCACGAGAUCUUCCAGAGCUCAUUCUGUGCUACGUCUCAAUUCAGUGAGCAACUUGCAGUGUAUACACCUCCUUGAGAACAGUGGAAGAUCAAAGAAUUUUUCUUAUAACCUGCAAUCAGCUACUCAAUCAAAACCCAAAAUAAAGCCUCGACCACCUCUGGAGGAAGACUGUUUCCGGCGUAGCUGGAAUAGCUAGUGCAGAGUUCUGAUU